CCCCUCGGUUCCACCUCCCCAUCGCUUGACGGCCGGCCGGGCCAUGUCCAGAGGCCCGGGCUCCGCGGUCCUCCCCGCCGCCGCCGGUUUCCGGAAGCCCGCCCCGCGGAGCCUCAGCUGCCUCUCGGACCUGGACGGUGGCGCGGCCCGGGAGUCGCGGCCCUGCAGGCCGCCCGGGAGCCCGGGCAGCGCGGCGCCGCCGCCGCCGCCCGCGCCGUCCGGCUGCGACCCCUGCCUGCGGCCCAUCAUCCUAAGGCGGGCGCGCUCGCUGCCCAGCUCGCCUGAGCGCCGCCAUAAGGGCGCAGGCGCGCAGGGCGCUGCGUGCCGGCCGGGCUGCAGCAGGCAGCACCGCGUGCGCUUCGCCGACGCUCUGGGCCUGGAGCUGGCGCAGGUCAAGGUGUUCAACGCGGGCGACGACCCGUCCGUGCCACUGCACGUGCUGUCGCGUCUUGCCAUCAACUCGGACCUGUGCUGCAGCAGCCAGGACCUGGAGUUCACCCUGCAGUGCCUGGUGCCCGACUUCCCGCCGCCCGUCGAGACCCCUGACUUCGGCGAGCGCCUGGGUCGGCAGCUCGUGUGUCUGGAGCGCGUCACCUGCUCAGACCUGGGCAUCAGCGGUACGGCGCGCGUGCGCAACCUGGCCUUCGAGAAGCAGGUGGCGGUGCGUUACACGUUCUCGGACUGGCGCAGCGCGCACGAGGCUGCGGCGCGGUGGCGCGGGCCGGCGGGCACUGAGGGCGCCGAGGACGUCUUCACCUUCGGCUUCCCGGUGCCGCCCUUCCUGCUGGCGCUCGGCUCCCGCGUGCACUUCGCGCUGCGCUACCGUGUGGCCGGCGCCGAGUACUGGGACAACAACGACGGUCGCGACUACAGCCUCACGUGCCGCAACCAUGCACUGCACAUGCCGCGCGGGGAGUGCGAGGAGAGCUGGAUUCACUUCAUCUGAGAUUCCGCGCGCAGGC